CCAAAAUCCUGUGUUGCGUGGACAUGUAGCUUUGUAGGUUAUUAAUCACAGGUUAUCGAUUACUAGUAAUCGGCCUUAUUGUGUACAAACCAAGCCGGAUAGGAUGUGCCUUAACUUUCGUGCACUCUAUUCUGGCUCACAAGUGCUAAUUGAAGUGCAAAAGAAUCUAUUGUAAGAAGCUAUCUGAAGAGGGAAUUCUUUUUAUUUUGGAAUUCAUUCAUAAAGAGCUUCAAAAACUCGCAGGCUGGCGACAAUUCAAGGGGAAAUACGGGUGGGUCCUAGCCACCAGGCUCGCCUGCCAGAAUAUAAACCCAACAUUAGGCCCCACGAAAUGCCAGAAAAGUGUGAAGUACUUGAAGAAUUGAGAUGGUCUCCUGGUGUUCCUGAUUGUGACCUCAUGAUGUAUCUUCGUGCAGCAAGGAGCAUGGCAGCUUUUGCUGGUAUGUGUGAUGGAGGCUCUGCAGAAGAUGGUUGUGUUGCUGCCUCACGUGAUGAUACAACAAUUAAUGCAUUGGACUUGUUACAUGAAAGCAGUUAUGACACAGGAAAAGCACUACAAGCUCUGGUGAAAAAUCCAAUUCCACCAGGCAUUGAAAAAAAAUGGGUUGAAGAGGAACAGAAACGCUUUGUGAAAGGUUUGCGGCAAUAUGGAAAGAAUUUCUUUAAAAUUCGCAAAGAACUUUUACCACACAAAGAAACGGCUGAUUUAGUUGAAUUUUAUUACUUGUGGAAAAAAUCACCGGGAGCUAUUACCUCUCGCACUCACAGGAGAAAUCGUCGGCAAAACACUUUACGUCGUGUUAAACCAAGCCCAAUUAAGCAGAAUAAUAGACCAGCAUCCAAUGAUUACAUGGAUGCUGGCAGCUCUGGCAGUGAUGAAGGUGAAGAUUCUGAGGAUUCAGAUUCAAGAGAUGUAACUGGCUAUACUUGUCAGAAUUGUUGUACUACAACAUCUAAAGACUGGCUGCCCGUUGGAAAAGAUUUAGCUGUAAUGUGUACAGAAUGCAGACUUUAUUACAAGAAGCAUGAAUUAAGGCCUGUAGACUCUAAAGAUAAUCUACCUUUUCUUUUUCAACCUGUAAAAGAAGAAGACGGCUUGAAUGGAAAGCAUGUGAUGAGGACUAGGAGGAGUAAGGAGCGUCAGAGUCCUAAGACAGUAAGCAAUGAUACAAAUGCUUCAGCCGCCAAAACUGGAAGAAAAUCUCCUGGUGUUGCUAGUAAUGGCAGUAAUGGUAGUUUAGAGCGAGACAAGAAACGGAAGCAGACUCAAGAUACACCUUUAAAGACAAAGAAACGAAUCAAAGAAGAAAAAACAUCACCUGAGGAUGCUGAUGAAGAAAAGUCAGGAAGUUUGAAAAAGAAAAGUCGUUCUGACAGCCCAUCUGAAUCUGUUUGUACUGAAAGCAGCGUUUCAAAUGAAGAUGCUGCUCCGGAUAAUGAAGCGCCAAGCUCACCUAGUCCCAGUGCAAGUCCUACACCAAGUCCUGCACCUCUCUUACCUCAGCUGCCUACUGCAACUGAGCCUGAACCUGAAAUACCUGCUGAACCUGCUGCUGAUAAUGUUCAAGAAGUUGAUGUAAAUAUAACUAUUAAAGAAGAAUAUAUUCCACCUGAAACUUCUGAACCAGUGAUUUGUCCUGUUGAAAUUAAGCAAGAAGUAAUAACUAAUGAUAUUGAAGAAACACCUGAAAAUGUAGAAAUUAAGGAACAACAUCCAGAGCCUCUUGAAAUGGUUGAUAAAAUCAAAGAAGAAGUAAUAGGAACAUCAUACACCCCAUCACCUGUGCCGUCACCCAUUAGCUAUCAUCCGCCUGUUGAAGAACCGGCAGCAGUUAUUGAGGAAUCGCGUCCUGAUCCCGCUCAAUAUCCAUCUCCAAACGUAGAGGUUCCGAUAGAGGAAAAACCAACAAUUCCAAAUCCUUCACAGUAUCUGGCACCUUCCCCCCAAAGCAUCAAAAUGGAGCCGGUAGAUGUUGCAUCUUCAUCUCCUCCCCCUCCCAUGCAUGAACCAGUUCAUCACCCACAUGUGUAUGCGCCUUCACUCCCAACACAGUCCCAAGCUCAUUUCUCGAACAGUAUAUCCAUGUCCAUGACAAACAGCUCCGUAACUGGAUCUAUAUCUGCAUCAUCUUCCAUAUCUCUCUCCUAUCAUAAUCACUCUAAAAUGCCUUACAGUGGACACUCCACACUAAUAGCUACCUCACACUCACAGUCAUCCAUGUCCGCCUUCAACUACAGACCUUUCUCACCCCAAUAUCCAUAUGCUGCAGCGUUGCCUCCAUUUCCCCAUAUGCCUCCACAGCCGAUAAAGCACAAAUAUAACUCCGAUACUCCCUCUCACUCUCCCAGUAACACUCAUACUCCUCCUCCAACCUCAUCUCCCUACAGCUCUGCCCCACUUGCACUGCCACAGCCCUACCGUGAAUCACCCCCUCCAACCAAGUCUCAUGAUCACAAUAACGAAAGCUCCUCUUCCUUCUCUCGUACGACACAAUCAUCCUCGAGCUCCAUGCAGUCUCCUCCUGUUACUUCCCAUUCUUCUGUGACUCAUCAAUCUUCAUCUCGUAGCUCAUCAAAAUCACCAUUGUCGUAUUCUGUUCAAAAUCAAAACUCUCUGAACCAAAAGUCCAUGCCUCAGCCUGCACAUCAAAGCUCCCACUACCCUCAAGUAGGAAUGGGCCAGCAAACACCUGCUAAAUCAAGUAGUCAUUCUCACCAGCUACCAAGACCACAUCCUUUGUCUCAGAUGCAUUCUUCGACAGGGUUGCCUACACCAUCGCAGCAUUUGCCUCCUACGACGUAUGUUGCAAAUCUUCCCCCACAGGUUCCCCUGUCUCAAAAUCAGAUGCAUGCAUCUUCUGAACGACAAGAGUCUGAAAAAUGUUCCGUUAUUCAAGAACCUGUGACUAUUGAAGAAGAACCAGAGACUCAUUUUCCUUUCAGAGGUCCUAGUCCUGAGCCUAGAGUUGAAGAUGUUGAAUGUCACAGAAGCCUUUCUGCAAUAUUUCUUCGCCAUUGGAACAGAGGGGAGUUUAAUUCAUGUGCAAGAACAGAUUUGACUUUUAAACCUGUACCAGAAUCUAGCUUAUCAAGAAAAAGGGAAGAACGUGCCAGGAAAGCGGCAGAAAAAGAAAGAGAGGAAACAAAAGCUCGGCUGGGCUCUACCCCAGAUAGCAAACCUGGUUCAAGUUCUCAAGGAGAUGGACAUCACCUUAGUCCAUUCGACAGACAUGUUCCGAGAAAUGGACCAGAUACUCCUGCUCUGAGACAACUGAGUGAGUAUGCUCGCCCUCAUGCUGCUGCCUUUCCUCCUGGUUAUGCUAGGGCGCCUCAAGCGGGACCUCUUGGGGUUCUCCCUCAUGGAAUUGAUCCCAUUCUGCACUACCAGUUGACAUCAGGCAUGUAUGGAGCAGCUGCUAGGGAAAGUUAUAGACUUGAAAUGGAAAUGGAGAAGCGAGAGCGUGACAUGCACUUUGAUAAAUUAAAAGCUGAAUAUGAAAUGAAAGCAGCUAGGACUUACGAUCAUCCUCAUUGGAUAGAACUUCAACGCCGCUACGGAGGAUUACAAGGUGGACCAUCUGUCGGUCUUGCUCCUGCUCAUGCGGGAAUGAACCACGGGCCGUUUGCUCUUUAUUCAGCUGCAGAACGCGAAAGACUAGGCAUCCCGCAAAGUGUACCUGUAUCGGAAGCUGCAGCAAUCGAUCGAAUGAAUGCCGAAAGGGCACACUCUGAACGCUUGAUGUUAGGAACAGAUCCACUGCUCCGCUUGCAGAUGGCUGGACUAGCACCUGAACUCCAUACACAUGCUCAUACUCAUGCUCAUGCGCACACACACCUACAUUUGCAUCCACAUGAUGCUGUGUCGGCUGCCGCAGCCGCUGCAGCUGCUAUGGGAGUUCCGCCCCAUCCUGGAAUGGAACCUGGUGUGCAUCCUUCUUCAGGAUCUCAUCCGCUGUUACCACCUACUGGGUAUCCUUCGGGAGGGCCACGCCCUGGAAUUGUUCCUCGAGCUGAGCUUCUUCAUCCAGCUGCAUCAGGAAUGCUGAGACCACCCUAUGAUGAACAGUUUGCUCAUCAGAUUUCUGCUCAGAUUCAUCAAGAACAGAUACAACGUCAAAUUCUAAUGGAAAGAGAGAGGUAUGCACACAUGGGGGGACCAAUGCCACAUCCAUCACCUUUAAUUUCCCAACAUGAAGAGUUUCUUAGACAACAACAGCAAAGAGAACGAGAAAUGAAACUUCGAUCACUUGAAGAAGCAGCCAGAGGAGGCAGACCACCAAUGAACUAG